AUGGAGGGCGCGUGGAGUGUGUUCAAGUCAACCGCCACUCCGAUUCUUCUCGGACCGAAGAAGUUCAGCGAGAUGUGUCGGGAGAAGCAGAACGAGGCAAUCAGUGAGUUUCUGAAUAUAUUUGUUAUUGCUCUACUGUUAAGGAGACGCAUCAUUCCGAGUCGUUCUUCUCUUUCUCUUCCCCUACUUCUUCACAAUGCUAUUCUCGUUUGCAGUAGGAGUGUGAGUGCUUCUUCUAUUGUUUCGUUUUUCACUUUUCCAAUUGCUUAGAAGUUCCGGAAUGCUCAUCAACGAAGUGAUUGUUCGAAGUCUCGGCUCCGAGGGUAAAUUCUACAAUCGUCGACGACCUGUAAAGUGUCAUUCAUUCAGAAAAGCAUAAAACAUUACGUCGGUACACGGUUGUCCUCGGCGGUUCUGCUCUUUUCGCAACCACUGCUCUUUGCUCUCUUCAUCACGUCAUCACGCCGUUCUUCAAGUUUCUGUGCCUAGGAUUUCGAUGGUUUAUGUAA